AUGUCGUUCGAUGACGCCAGCUCUUGCACUGAUGAUACCUUUGGGUUCAAUGAAGGUGGGUUGGCGAGACCUUGUAGUGCAAGAACUACAAUUAUUUUGACCGAUUCAAGCACCAGCAGCCACAGCAACCACGAGCCGACUAUCAGGAAUGGUAGUGGCAGUGGCAGUGACAGCGAUGUUGUGGUGGAAGAAGCUGACCACACGGGCGACACAACUGAGGACGAUCAAGACUCUUUGAACUUGCUGGCAUUUGAAAUAUUAUCGGUGACCAUGUACGAACAUCAUCAUACAUUUCCAAGUGGUGCGAGUGACGCGAGUGAUCUUGAUAUGGGCCGUUUUGGGGAGGGUGACGCUGCUGGUGGCCCUCGUGGGAACUCAGACAGGUCAGGGACCUCCACAUCUCACUGGGGGAGUGAUGGAGCAGAAUCACGAGUCGAUAGUGAUGACUCAAACACUAAUCGAGAAAGUGAGGAUGUCUUUGGCCUAAUGAAGAGGCCAUCAUCAGCUGAUGCAAGCAGUGCUUCUUCUCGCCAAAAGAGGUCAAAGGGAUCACUGCGCGGACUGCUGGUGGGAAGUGACCACAUCGGCCGUUUCUUCGAUCCAGAUCCAUCCAAACGGAAGACUUGUGAAAUCCGGAACUUCAACGUGCGUUGUGUGAAGCCCCAAGAAGAAAUCUACUUGGCCCAGUCUGGGCUGAAAGAUUCAUAUGGCAAUGGGGUUUUCUGUGUUCGGGGCAAAGCGAUCUUCAAGGGCAACACUUUUGUGCCACACAGUGAGGAGAUAUGGAUGUUCUUCGAUAUAGAGCAAACCAAGUCUGAUAUCAAUGCUGUGCACACACAUGGGACAAGCAUCAUGGAGAGUUUAGGUGUGAAGAGCAAGGGCAUCAGUGACAACACGGUGAGUCCAAGUCCAAGUCCUGUUGCAACAGCCUCAGCGGCAGCUCAACCACCUCGACAACCUGAAACAAAGGCUGCCUCCGCACAGGAAGUUGCGACGGCUCUGCACGAGCUUGAGAUGCGCAAGUGUGGCAUGACACCCAAGAAGGAGUCCCAAUGUCACCAAGAAACACCAUGGAGCGGAAAAUCAGAUUUGUUUGCUUGCGAUGGUCUUCAAGAUGAGCUGGAGAGACUGAUGCUAGAGGAGUAUCCGGAUCUUCUUGCACCUGGACAAGCCAAUGCAGCUGACUUGGCUGCCAAAGAUGAUGACUAUGCUGCCAAGACCUCUGAGACCGAGACAAAGCUUUUCCAUGUGGAGGAACAUCAACAUCACCCGGGUGUUGUUCGGAACAUGGACGACUACUUUGGCUUUUUCAAGCAUGCAGUGCACGUUGCGCUGGAUGAAGUGCAUGCAGUGCAUGAUGUUUGCACAGGGGAAACGACUGACAUCAUCUUCGACAAAAUGGCUUUGAUUCACAAGUUGAACGAUCUUUCUUUGAGCACUUCCUAUUCUGGAGUAGGGUCCCCUGAAACUUGCUUGCACACCCUGUGCCACUACAUCAAAGAAGCUACUGGUCUUCAACCAGCAAAGCCAUCCAUUCUGUUCCAAGUGGAGUAUGAUGCCUCUUGCAGGGAGGAGCUACAGCUCUACAAUUCAUUGGGCUCUGCUGGUAAGGUUCCGCCAGUGGGUCCAAUCAUCCGCGGCCUGCACACCAUGCGGAAGGAUUUGGAGGAGGAGCCACCAACGCCUGAGCCAAGGAGACGCCAUCGUGUGAAGUCACCUGCGAAGCCUGCUGCCAUACCAUCACUGUAUGGUCCAGUGUUCAGGCCGAUCCUGGAGCCUGAGCAGAAGCAGAAGUGA